AUGGCUUCGCAUCUAUACACGGAUUGUCUAGUGAAAAUAUUUGGUUUUCUUGGAGAUAAUGAUCUUUUAUCAUUACAUUCUUGUGCCUUGGUCAAUAAAUCUUGGAGUCAAUGUGCUGUACCUAUUUUGUGGGAAAAUACUUUAGAUGAAAAAAUUUUAAUGGGAAAAAAUGAAAAAAAAAAAAGAUUUAUAAUUAUUAAUACUUAUAUUUCAGGUUUACCUAAAGUAUCACUAAAUUUAUUUAAGAUGGAAAAAAUUCUUUCACCUACCAUCAACAACUUGAAAUAUUCAACUUUUCCUUACGCUUCUUAUUUACGAUAUUUAGAUUUAAGAUAUUUUUAUAUCGCUUUACAAUCUUGGAUUGAUUAUUCUGAUGCUUGGACUAAAAAAGGAUUCACGGGUGAUCAAAUUAAAUUAGUUUUACAAGAAUUAUUACAACAAUUUUUUUGUCUUUCUCCUCGUAUUAAUGUGCUUAGAGUAAAUGUGGAUAUAAUUGGAGCAAUAGUGGUUGAUAUACUUGAAAAUAUUCCGGAAUCGAGAAAAUGUUUAACUCAUUUAAAAGAAUUUAUGUAUUUUGCCGAACAUCCAACGAUGGAAACAUUAUUUUCUCGAAUUUCUCAAUUUUCCAAUUAUAUUGAAAGAUUAGAUUUAUCAGUUUAUGAUGAUCGUACGGAAGAAUUAAUUAAUUUAAUUAGAGUACAAAAAAAUUUAAAAGUUUUAAUUAUUACAAAUAGAACUAAUUCACCAUUGGGAUUUAAAUUUUGGAAUGAAACUGAAGGAGGAAAAGCAAUUUUGGAAAAAUCACGAUCGAUUAAUUGUUUAGAAAUUCAAAAAAUUCAUUUUCCAUUUUAUGAUCUUGUUCAUUUUAAAAAUUUAAUAGAAUUAAAUUUAUUAUAUAGUGGAUUAUAUAGUUUACAAGAUUGGAUAGAUUUAUCGAACAUAAAAUUAAAAAAUCUUCAAAAGAUUUUAUAUCAAAAUCGGAAUUCAUUAUAUUUAGAUAUUUUUAGUAAAUUUAUAGGAAAUAUUGGGAGAAGUUUAAGUUAUAUAAAAAUUCAUUGUUGCACAAUUUGUGAUCCAGAUAAAUCAAAUAAUCUUAUAACAUCAAUUGCGAAUAAUUGUCCUAAAUUAAAAUAUUUUAGUGGACCAAUUGGAACAAAUAAUUCAAUAGAAUUAGGAAAAUUACUUAAUUCAUGUUCAAUAAUUGAAACAUUAGAACUUCAUCCAUCAAUAGAUAAUUGUCGACAAACAGCAUCACCGAUUGAUUUUAAUUCAUUAUUUAGAAAAAUUACAAUUAAACAACCUUGGAAUUUAAAAGAAUUAUUUAUUAUUCAUGGAUGGAAAUUUUCUGUUCAGGUUUUAGAAAAUUUUAUAAAAAGUAGACAAAGAAUUUCUAAAAAAGUUAAAAUAUUUUGGAAUGAUUGUGAAAUUUUGGGAAAUUAUGAAAAAAUUUGUUUAGAAUAUCAAAAAAAUGGUGCGUUGGAUAAAUAUGGAAAGAUAAAUUCUAUAAAAUAUUAA